AUGGGAGCGUCAAGGCAGCUCCUGCGCUCCGUGAUCAUGGGCGCCCAGGGCUCCGGCAUGAGCACCCUGGCGCUGCGCAUCAUCAAACACUUCCAGCUGAAGAAGUUCUCCAGCGGGGACGUGCUCCAAGACAACAUGCUGAGGGACACAGAAAUUGGACACUUAACACAGGCUGAAGUCCUGGAUAGAGUUUAUCAGGUACACCUGGUGAUGAACCUGAACGUGCCCUUUGAGGUCAUCCGGCAACGCCUCACGGCUCUCUGGAUUCAUCCAGCCAGUGGCCGCGGCUACAACCUCGAAUUUAACCCUACCAAAGCAGUCGACGUGGAUGAUGUGACUGGAGAGCCUCUCAUUCAGCGUGUGGAUGAUAAACCAGAGACACUUAUCAAGAGAAUGAAGGUUUACGAAGACCAAACAAAACCGGUCCUGGAAUAUUACGAGAAAAAGGUAGUGUUGGAAACAUUUUCUGGAACAGAAACCAAUCAGAUCUGGCCCUGUAUGCAUGCUUUCCUGCAAACAAAAGUCCCACAGAGACACCAAAAAACUCAAUUACCCCACGAGGAAAAAUCCUUGUGA